AUGAGUGAAUCGGGAGGAAGAUACAGGUAGGUACCGUGGAGCUACUCCAAAAUUCUAGCUAAUUGUUGGUCCUUUAUUAGGAGACAAGUAGCAUCUUUGUGAUACCUCCGGAAUGACAUCUGGAUGUGAUCCUUAUCCUAACUUUCAUUCGCGAGAGCUUGGUUAUAGGCUAUAUAGCUGUUCUUCUUUCAUGGCUAUUAGGGAAAAGACUCGGAAAAAUUCUUUUUUUACAGAAAAAGAGACCAAUAUAUAUAUCUCUCUUUUUUCACUUUUUCGUCUUUCUCACAUACUUUGAUAAAAAGAUGCUAGAAAGUAACUAAAAAAAUUUCAAGGGAUUCAGAAAGAAUCUUUUGAAGAUAUGAAAAAGGUGCUAAAAAACUUUUUCCCGUCCUUUCAGGAGCUUUUAACCCUUUCAGCUUUCUUUGAGGGUCCUCAAAAGAACGUUUUUCUUUUUUGCUUACUGUGAAGAAGAGAUGUUUUUUCUUUUUAUGAAAAAUUAGACCUAUAUAUAUAUAUAUAUAUAUAGGUAGUUUUAAAUAUAUUUUUAUAUAUUUAUGAUUCCUUGCUCCACUUUUCUUAUUGUGAAAGGAGUCGAAAAUUGAGAAAGUUUUCGAACUUAAAUUUGCGCGUCAAAGUUCCUGUGCGCGUCAAUCUAAUCACAGAGACCGCGUAAAUCCACACAAAAAAUGCUGCUUUUUUUUUCUUUUUUCGUUUCGAUGUCGAAGGGUAAUUAUAAUUUUCGUUUUCCAAUAGUCAACGGUUCAAGAUACGGGAUCUUUCAAUGAUAUUCUUCGAAAUUUCCUAAAAGAUGUUUUGUUGAAGAACUAGGGUGGCGCAAUUGCGCAACUAUGAAUGCGAAAAUGUUUUCAGUUUUUUUUUCUUCAUUUAGGAAGUAAAAUAGUUUUUAUAUAAAGUUUAUUCAUCUCUUUGAAAACUUUUUGCGCUUCAAGAUGUUUAACUUGAAAAACUUCGUCUUCUUGGCUCAAUAUUUUUUUCUUAAUACUUUUUUUGCGAAAAAUUGUGUAUUUACAGAAUGAAAUAAUUUUUUUCACUAGAAUUUUAUGGGUUUUUCAGAUAUAUUUCUGAAAAAAAUGGCGGACGUAUGGAUUUCCACUGGCCGCAAGUUUUUGCGAAAUUUGCAAGGUAAAUAUAGGUUUUGCUUAUGAAACUUGAUUGUUUUUUUAUAAAUCUACCAUGGUUGCACGGAUUUUUAAUAAUUUUUUUAAUAAGUUUUUAUAAUAGAGGUAGAGAGAAGCUCGGAGUAAAGUUUACCGUUAAAAUAUCUUCUUGGGUUCCUUCUUCCUUUAGGAAAAUUUUUCUUUCGUACAAUUUAGAAUUUUACGUAUCUUACGUCUCUUUGAAAUUUUGGCCUCUAUGUGCUGCUGAACCAUAAGAAAAACGUCUUGCAUCAGAAAUAAACUCGGAAAUUGAACAAAAAUAAUAAAACAGCCUUUAUUUUUAAAUUCAUGCUAGCAAAUACUCUCUUCAAAAUUCUAUUUCUAUUUCAGUGCUGGUAUGGAAAUAACAAAAUAUCCCAAGAACAUCACGAACGGGGAGACCGGCACAAAGCGGCUCUUGCCAACAGAAUCCGCGAGGCGUCUAUGAAGACAAGAAAAGAUGAACUUGCUGUGAGGGAUUUUUUAGUGAUAAUCAUCUGGAAAGGAUUCAGCAAGCCAAAAUGAACGCGACUUUGGCCCAAAUGGAGGCGGCGGCCGCUGCGUCAAUGAUGGCGCAUGGAGAAGCCUUGACACACGGCCCUUCUCUUCCGAGUAACUUCCAACUCCUUCAUAAUCUUCAAAUCAGGAAAAUUCCAGCCACCGGCCUCAAAAUGAACAUUUUCGACCCAAAACAGCACAAAGAUAUUGGAUCCAUGGCGCAAGAGAUGGCUGCAAGGCGAGAUGGCGCCGCAAAGCGGAAGGUUUAACCGAUUUCUCAUCAUUUCUCAAGUGAAUUUGUAGGGGUUAUCUGGAGCUGCUCCAGGGAUGGUGGGGCCGACACCGAAAGUCACAAAAGAAGACGUCGCUUCGGCCUACCGAGAUCGUGGGUCGUCAGGCCCUAGAUAAUCUAGUCGAGCGAUUUUUCAGUAACGAAUCCAGCGGCAGCGGGCCCUGCUUUACCAGCUUCUCACGUGAUCCAACAUCUUCCACAACAACAGACCCAGACCGGUGAAAUCAGUUGGGUUCAAGCCAAGGAUCAGAACGGGCGAACUUACUAUUGGAACAUCUUUGAUGAAAGUUUGUUCCGCGAAAAGUUUCUGUUCGAAACUAUUAUUUUCAAGCGACGCGUUGGGAGCAACCGUCCUAUUUCUACAGUGCGGCUCAGUACGAAAAGAAGGUGAAAGAGUUUGAAGAAGCUCGCGACAAGUAUUACUACGGGACGGAUGAGGUGAAGGCCGUUCGCCAAGGAAAGAAAAGUUUGUCUUCGAUUUUAAAAAAAAAUAUGUUUUGCGAAGGGAAAGAAAAAUGAUCUAUCUAGGUACAGUAGUGGAAAAUAGUGAGCAUUUUUUUGUUUUUCGCCCGUAACUUUUUCAAAAACAAUCAUUUUGAUCUGGGAUGUUAACCAAUUUAGUAAACUUAUGAUAUUGAAAAUUUGAAAUAAUGGUUUUUCUUUGGGGCAUCGACUCAAUAAGUGUGUCCCACACGCUCAUUGGGACCUCCUUCCAUUUGCUUUUCAAAAUUUCAAGUCAAAACAAUGGUUUUUAGCAGUCAUAAACGAAAAUAAAAUCCAUUUCCGCUACUGUAUUUCAAAAGCCAGCAACUUCAAAGUUAAAUCCUUGAUACAGGCCUGGAAAAGUACAUCCAAAGCAAGAUAGCCGAAAGCGGUAUGGAGUCCACCGUCGAGAACAACCGAGAAGAGUUGGGACUCAACAAAAAGAAGAAGGAAAAAAUGAAAGCGUGGGAGAAAAAGAAGGCGGAACGGGAGAAACGAUGGAAGCAAAGGCAAGGAAAAGAGGAGCAAGACCAAGAAGAACCAACAGAAGAAGGUAGUCCCCAAAAUGAGGAUCUUGACAGCUCUUCGAUGGGAGAGAUACCUUUACCGCCGUCUGGUAAUUUUCACGGGUCGAAUCUCAAGUCUCAUGGUCUUUCAGAAGGAACUUCGAGUUCUGACACGUUUUCUCAUCUUCCAGAACUGCCGAACGGCGAUUCAGAAUAUUCCAACGAAGUUGGUUAAGAGUAUUCUAUUCUUACUUGAAACUUAUUCUUAUAGGUUCAACCCGAAGCAGUGAAGACAGAAAUCGAGAGUUUCCCGCCUCCUCCCGACUUCACCAAACCUUACGAUCCGCGUGGCGGUUGGGUUCGAAUCACUGCUGCUGAGAAAAAGUGAGCUCUAGUUUUCCCGUUUUCCCAAAUCUCCGACAUUCACAGCGACGGUCCUUUCGAGUCCCCAUUAACAGCUCGAUAUCGGGAACUGGAGGAGCAGCAGAAGAAGGAAGAAGAACAACGACAGAAAGAGCAACUCAACGAGCCGAAAAUCGAGUUCGAAGAGAAGACUGCAGUCACUAUGACCAAAAAAGUCCGUUGAAGGCAGUUUUCAAGCUAAACUUUUGAAUUUUAGGUCAAAGGGCCCAUCGAGUUCAAGAAGAAGACGACUACAAGAAAUAUAAGAAAACGAGAGGAAGAUUGA